AGAAGACGACCGGAAUCUGCUCUCACCGGGAGGGCCAGCAUGCUUCAGAUAAAGCAUACAGACUCAAAGAAAAGGCUGUUCUAUCCGUUCCAACAGCAACAGCCUUUCCAGACGGAUUUCCGUAUGAUUUCUCCAUCCUUGCUGCUUUCCGAGUUUCCGGGAGAUCCCGCGGCGAGCUGUUCACGAUCUACAGCGCUGAUGGAUCUCUCUCUCUCUCCGUGAAGGUGGCUAAGAGGUUCAUCCUCAUCUACAAGGACGAUGGAGGGGAUAAGAAGUCCAGAAUCAGAUUCCAGUUCAAACUAAAGGAAAACACAUGGCAGAGGUUAGGAAUCAGUGUGAAAGGAAACUCUGUGACUGCUAUACUGGACUGUAAAGAACAAGACACAGCAACCAUAGACAGGGGGAACAUGGAAUUAAAAACUGAUGGAAUAAUUCUCUACGGACAGGAGAUAGAUGAUAAAUCAUUCUUUGAUGGAGAUAUUCAGCUUCUGAAGAUCGUUGGAAGCCCUGAGGCAGCUUAUAAUCUAUGUAGGGAUUAUUUACCUGGAUGUGACCAGCCUCAAUCUGAAGAUGAAAACCACCAAGGAGAUGAUGGGAACGCGGGAUACAGAGGGAUGGAUGAAGGGGAUAUCCUGGAUAGAGAGGGAUUAUCUCCGCAACAGUACUUAGAGUUUACUGAGAGGAUGGUAGAACCGGAGAAAAUUGAAGAACCUUUUACCCUGGUCGAACCAACCUUUGUAUCUGUACCUGGAGAACCCGGAGAACGUGGACCACCUGGAUUGCCAGGUCCUGCAGGACCACCUGGAAUGAAAGGAGAGUCUGGUCGGGAUGGGUUGGAAGGGAUGGACGGUAUUCAGGGACCACCUGGAAAUGUACUGAUCAUCCCAACCAACCUGGAGUCUUCUAAAGGUCCAGACAACACCCUUCAAAAUAUGAUUUCCCAAGCCAUGCAGAACCUGAUGGGACCACCAGGUCCUAUGGGACUAACUGGAGUUGCAGGACCUCCUGGUAUGCCUGGAGAACCUGGAAUAAAGGGAGAGGAAGGGGAGAUGGGAGAAAGAGGAGUAAGAGGUAUGAGAGGGCCAAUGGGAGCAACAGGAAUAGAAGGUAAAACUGGAAUGCCCGGACGGGACGGAGAGAGAGGGUUAUCUGGACCUACAGGAUCUAAAGGAGAACCAGGGAUUACAGGACUUCCAGGACUUCCUGGACAGAAGGGAGACAGGGGUUACAAGGGUGACUCAGGACCGAAAGGAGCUGAAGGAACUAGAGGUCUGCCAGGUGAAGACGGGCCCCCUGGACUAGCUGGAGUACCUGGAGAACUUGGACCCAGAGGAUUUCCUGGACCUAGAGGAUUCAACGGACUUCCUGGACCAGCUGGAAUACCAGGAACGGAAGGAGGACCAGGUCCCAAGGGAAAUGAGGGACCUACAGGUCCUCCUGGACCUCCUGGAGUUACAGGAAACAAGGGCCCUGUCGGACCACCUGGACCUGUUGGACCUUUAGGACCUCCCGGACAAGCUGGACCCCGUGGAAAGCCAGGUCUCCCGGGUCUUCCCGGUGCAGAUGGAUUACCAGGAAACAACGGACACCCUGGAAAACCUGGUCCCAAGGGGAACAAGGGCCCGGAAGGCCAUAAUGGACCUGUUGGGUUUCCCGGAUCACGAGGUGUGAAGGGAGAUCAAGGAGAGCGCGGACUUCAAGGUGAUAAAGGAGAUAAGGGAGAACUGGGACUGGAAGGACAAAAAGGAGAUAUGGGACCCAAAGGAGACAGAGGUCCAAAUGGACCUGACGGAAUCAAUGGUGCUGAGGGUCCUCAAGGACCUAAAGGAUCAGAAGGACCACCUGGAGAAGCCGGUGCACUCGGACCAAAUGGAGAGAAGGGAAAGAUUGGAGAACCUGGGUUUGCAGGAUAUCCUGGAGGCCCCGGAGAAAAAGGAGAUAAGGGUACUCAAGGCAGGGAUGGAGCUGUAGGAGACAAAGGGGAAAGAGGAAAGGAUGGAUUAAACGGAGAAAGAGGGUUGACCGGGCCUAGAGGUUUCCGAGGAAAGGUUGGAAGUAGAGGAAGCAUUGGAAGAUCAGGUCCAAAAGGAGAUACAGGACAACCAGGAUCACCAGGUCCUAUGGGAGAAGGAGGAGUUCCAGGCCCUGAAGGACCCCGUGGAACAUCUGGGGAAUCUGGUUUACCAGGAAUACCUGGAAAAGACGGAAUACCAGGUCCUGCUGGAGAACGUGGGCCCCCCGGCGAACCUGGACCACAAGGAUUAUCAGGAGCUCCGGGAGUAGCUGGACCACCUGGACCAACUGGAGAAUCUGGACCUGUUGGAGAACCUGGAGUCCCAGGAACUCCUGGGGUUCCAGGGGAUUCUGGAAGACCUGGAGAGAUGGGUAAGGAGGGUGCUCCUGGUCCCUCAGGACCUCAAGGUAGACCUGGUAUGCCUGGACCAUCAGGCCUUCCUGGCUUCCCCGGAGAAAGAGGACUACCUGGACUUCCUGGUAUGCCUGGACUGAAAGGUGAAAUGGGACCACCAGGUCCUUAUGGAGCCCAAGGUGACAAAGGAGCUAAUGGAAUCCCAGGAUCUGAAGGCCCGCCUGGUAUUGAAGGAAGACUUGGUCCUCCUGGUGCCAGUGGAAAACCUGGAGAUAAGGGGGAAAUUGGAGUUCCUGGAUUUCCUGGACCAACGGGAAGAGAUGGAUUACCCGGAAUUCGUGGACUUCCUGGACCUCCCGGACCACAGGGAGACCCAGGAGAGGACGGUAUCAAGGGAGAAAUUGGACCUCCAGGAUCUAAAGGAUACAAGGGUUCAAAGGGAGAUAUGGGAGAUGUAGGUAGUGCCGGACCACGAGGACAGAGAGGAGAAAUAGGUCCCAUUGGACCACCAGGAGAGAAGGGACCACCUGGACUAUUGGGUAGAAGAGGACAAAAAGGAGAAGACGGAACACCUGGUGUCAACGGAGCUCCUGGAGCUGCAGGUGCUCAGGGUCCUCCUGGUAUCCCUGGUCUGAAAGGAGAGGUUGGAGAUCAUGGUAAGGUUGGAGCACCAGGGCCUUCUGGUCUACCUGGAGAACCUGGUCUGACUGGUACUAAAGGUGGAGAUGGUAGACCCGGAGCUCCCGGCCCUGAAGGUCAACAAGGAGAUAAGGGAGAUCAAGGAAAUGCUGGUCUACCCGGUCCUCCUGGUGCUGAUGGUAAGCACGGAGAACGUGGACCUGUAGGCCCCAAAGGAGAGGAAGGAAAAAUUGGAAACCAAGGAGAUUCCGGACCAAGAGGUCCUCCUGGAGUUGAGGGACCUAAGGGUAAUCCUGGAGCUCCAGGAUUUCCCGGUGCACCUGGAGAACAGGGACCUGGUGGUAUAAAAGGAGAGCCAGGAUCCCCAGGAGAUCAUGGAAAGGAAGGAGACCGAGGUGUUCAAGGAAACCCUGGACCUCCUGGACAGAAUGGACUUCAAGGAUCUCCAGGUAAAGUGGGAAGCGCUGGACCCCCUGGUAAACAAGGAAACACUGGACCACCUGGGGAAAAAGGAGACUUUGGACCUAUGGGCCCCCUUGGACUGCAGGGAUCCCCUGGAGAUCAAGGACCCCCUGGUCCAGAAGGACCCACCGGACUUCGGGGAAAUCCUGGUCCUGCUGGGGAAGUUGGUGUUCCCGGACCUCCUGGAAAUCCUGGUUCUCCUGGUAAAUCUGGUGAUAUCGGUCCUGAAGGACUGAAAGGAACCAGAGGCCGGAGAGGACAGAAAGGACAUAGGGGAGAAAUGGGAAUCCCAGGUGUGAAAGGAGAACUAGGAGAGAAAGGAGAAGGAGGUAUGAAAGGACCACCAGGAUUGCAAGGAAUGAAGGGAGAACCCGGACCUAUUGGACCUAUUGGAAUGAAGGGAGCUGAAGGUCCCGCUGGACUACCUGGCCUCGAGGGACCACCUGGUCCCAAAGGGACGGCCGGUGUAACUGGGCCUAAGGGAGAGCGAGGUUUGAUGGGAUCUCCUGGACCUUCAGGACCACCUGGAGAACUUCCUCUUCUUCCUCCAGAUAUUCUCUUCCAGAGAGAUUCUCCUGCAGCCUACAGACCCAAGAGAGAGAUUAGAGGAGACAGUUUCGAAGGACAAUCCAGACCUCAGAAGGACGAGGACGUUGAUCUGAUAACAGUUUACACAGACAUCUAUAACAUCAAGAUAGAGUUGGAGAAGAUCAAGAAACCUCUUGGUACGAGGAAUAGUCCUGCUAGAACGUGUCAGGAUUUACACUACGGACACCCUCAGAUGUUGGACGGAUUCUACUGGAUUGACCCUAACCUGGGAGUUACAGAUGAUGCUGUCAAGGUUUACUGUAACAUGACAGCUGGAGGAGAAACCUGUGUAUUCCCUGAUGUCCAUGCCAGUAGGAUGCCGAACAUACCCUGGAGAAAGAGCCAUGAAGGAUGGUACUCCUCUCUCCGAGGAGGUUUUAAGAUUAGCUACGACUCUCUGGGUCCUGUUCAACUCACCUUCCUCCGCCUGAUGAGCCAAGAGGCGUAUCAGAACUUUACCUACACCUGCCUCAACUCCGCCGCUUGGUAUGAUACAAGAACAUCUAGCUACGUCAACGCUAUCAAGCUGCAGGGAGAGAAUGAAGACGAGUUCUCCGCAGAGUUUAACAAACCCAAUAUUCUACUCGAUGGUUGCAAGACCAAAGAGCCGAAUCAAGAAUCGAAAACCAUCUUUGAGGUUCGAACCAAGAAACUUGGUCAGCUUCCUCUUGUCGAUUUCUUCCCAAGUGAUUACGGACAACCACGACAAGCAUUUGGAUUCGAAGUGGGACCUGUCUGCUUCAAAUAAACAAUUCAUAUUUUUUUU